AUGUCUGCUCAAACGUCACACGCGAUCUUGGACAUUCCAAAGGCUAUGAUUCUUCUCGCUCAUGGCAAGAAAUCCGACGCGUUCCGCCAUAGGAUGCUCGCUGAGGUUGAUAUGGCGUGUGCCAUGGGCGUGCGCGUCAGUCGUGCCGCGGACGAGAUUCACUCCUUCUGUAACGUCCAAGCUCAGGCGUUUUAUUAUAAUGAUGACUCUCGGCGCACACAACUAUUGAAAGAACUGAACCCUCUCAAGAGGGUUACUGCUUCUUUGCUCAACGACGUGGCAGUGUACACAUCGGCCGUCUUCGAUCACGCUGGCGGCAACUUCUCUCUCGAAACGCCCGCCGCGCUGUUAUUUGGGACUCCUAGGUACCGCGACGUCAAGAAGUUUCUACCGAAGCCCUUAGUGACGCCUGACGACGAAGCCGUUCUUCGCCGCGAGAGGCUAGAGGCACAGACCAAGGCCGCCGCUCAAGGAACAUCCAGCAAAGGGGCGUCUGGCUCAAAGAAGCGGCCUGCACCCGACUCAGCCGAAGAUCAAGAGCCCACCAAGCGUCAGCGAAAGGAUGCGCCGACAUCACGUUGUUUGCGCCGCAGUGCACGCAAGCUGGUGACGGGCGCCGCUCCAGUGAAAGCCGAGCUGACAGAGAUGGCUGUCGAUCCGACGCCUACUCUCAUUGCCCACUUCAACGAGCUCGGGGCCGCGCGCGGAGAUGACUGGGAGACGCUCCUGCGAUGGCAUAACUUGCCCCUUCCGGCUCAGCUGAAUGCUUUCACAUUCGCCGCCACUCUCGUCAAGGCAUUCGCGGACAUGAAGGCGGCGCGUCAAGAUGACAUCGAACGCUCGCUCGCUCGGACACAAGAGCUUGAGAGCGCGCUGGCGGUCGAGCGCGACGACAAGACUGCGGCCCAACGAAAGGCAGUCGAGAUGGAGGCGCGAGCCGUUGAGUCGGAGAAGCGCGCGACAGAGUCCCAGAAGGACUACGAACGAGAGCGUAGCCGCCGUCAAGACGAGGAGGGCGACAUGGAGUGGGUCGCCGAGCAGAUUGCGCCUCUCUCUCGAUUCUUGUUCAAGUGGCCACCCGCAAAGGAAGGGCCGGUCUCUGCCAGUUCUUCCCGUCGUUGA